AUGGCUCCAGCGCUUUCUAAUCCCAACCCCAUCGAGGAGGAAGAGAAACUCUAUCCGACGAAUACCACACCUGUGAAGCACCGGAGACUUCAGCGUCGCCGUCGUUUCAUAAUCGUAUUCGCAUUCUUUGCGCUUGCACUCCUCCUGUUCGCCCGCCCACCCGAAACGAUCGCCACGCCGUUCUCUACCGUCAUCACCACCGUCAAAUCGUGGUUCAGCUGCCACACUGAAACAGACAUGAGCACUUUGCCCAAGUCGACGACCACCAACGCUGCCGGAUGGCAUGCUCGUGCUGUCGAGCACGCCAAGACAUCCACUGAUGCGGCAUAUGUGCCCAAGAAGGAGGAUCUCGUCGUCAGCGUGCUUAUCAACUCGCCCGUCGAACCAGAGGGAUUCACCAUGGCCCUCUUCAAGCCGUCUCAUGUCGUGGACGCCUCUGGACGUGUGCUCAAUAUCGCUUCGUCCGACUACGAGGCGUUCGAGACGCUCGUGGACAAAAUCAAGGAACUUCCCUCUACGGGUUCAUUCGGUGGUCAAUGGCGCGUCAAGCACGCACGCACGAGCUAUCCCAUUGACAGGAUCUUGAUUCCCGGCCACGCCGAGGUCGGUGUGUACGGUUGGAGCAAGGAUGCCGACGAACUGGAAGAGGAAACCCAGGGAUAUACGAACUUGCCCAAAGAGCUCCAGACCUUUGUCGGAUUGGCAAAGGAAGCCCGCGAAGGAUAUACGCGCGGACAUCGUGAUGAGGCUGUUGUGUCCCAGGUAUUGGCGUUUUCAAAUUAA